AUUCGCGACGCUUGGCCAAUUCUAUAAAAGGAAAAAUGUUGUAACAAUAACAACAGUUUCAGUCACGACGUUCAACAGAACAGAUUUAAGUGCAUCAAAAUGACUUUCAAGCUAGCCGUACUAACAGUGAUUUGUCUGGGUGGUUUGGCGGCACAACAGAUCCCUGUCAAAAGGCAAGUAAAUCAUGCAACGACAGCUGUAGAAAAAGAGGAUCAUGUGCCCGCAGAAACCGGCUUUAUCAAUCCAGCCGCAGCUGUGCAUCAGGGAAGCAAAUUUUUCCAGGAUAUUUACGUGGCAAUGGAUAAGCCGGAUGAACUAGAAUUCGGACAUGUAAGAGAAACACCCAAUGACUGGGAACAGCGAUACGAAAAACUAAACCUAGAGACUCUGAAACAUCAAGGAAAGGUAAGAUGGGGCGACAAACAUGGAGGAUAUGGCGAACACUACUGGGACUACAACCACGCAGGCCAUGGUCACGAUGGUGAUGGAGAUGAAAGCCAGCAAAACGAGGAAUACGCUGAGUACGAAGAGGAAUCCAAAAACGAACCCAUCGUAUCUCCACUACCACAAAACCAAAGAGGCAAAAGAGAACCUGCCUUACUAGAUGACGUUGAAUUUAUUAACGAUAAGGCUAGAUCUUUAUCCUUCGACAGAAGUGCCCAAAGACAUGGUGGUAACUAUAGAGCAGUGAAUGAUAAUAGAGGAAAAAGGGAGCAAUCCAGAGGGAAAAGUAGGCAAGCGCCGAAGAAUUUCGGAGAAUCUUUAGUGUUUGAUGCUGAUGAAGGGAUUGUUUUAGAUGAAGAAACGGGUUUGAGGUAUCAGCUCAGUCCGUUAAAAUAAAAUGAUUAUUAAUAAUCCAGAAGACUUGUUUUUUUUAUUUUAUGUUAUAAGUUUGUAUUUUAUUUGUUACCUAGUUUUAUUUGUAUUUUUUUAUAAUAAAUUAUAUACUGUUUC